CGUGACGUUCCAAACCCGGAAGCGGCUGCUGUCACUAACAACCAGCACAACAAGAACGCGUUGUAUGAUAUAGGGGGUGACUGUCCUAUGUGUGUGCCCCCGGAGGUUCCACUAUGCGGGUACCGGGCGCGUUCAGUUGAUGGGGGUACGGAAGUGAUAAAUGGCUGCUGGAGGAGGAGGAAGAGGGAUGUAUCGGAAGGAGUUCCGGCCAGCUCAUCGUCUACCUUCUACUCGUUUAUUUUGAAGGUAAAGCAGCUGAAUUGUCGGAGGAACCUGAAGACUCCCAGGCGAGCACCAUGGAUCUGAAAUAUAAUAACGCAAGGAAGUACAUUUCCAUCAGUAUUCCAUCCAAAACGGAUGCUAUGUCCCCUCACAUCAAGUCUGUGGAUGACAUCCGGGUGCUUGGUAUUAAUCUAAGUCAGUUCCAGAAACCUGUUCAGUUUUUCAUCUGUGUUACUGGCGUUUUUGUUUUUUAUUUAAUAUAUGGAUAUUUACAGGAACUGAUAUUCUCAGUUGAGGGUUUUAAACCAUUUGGUUGGUACCUGACAUUAGUGCAAUUUGGAUUUUAUUCAGUAUUUGGACUAAUAGAAUUACAGUUGACACAAGAUAAACGCAGAAGAAUACCUGCAAAAACGUACAUGAUGAUAGCAUUCCUCACUGUGGGUACAAUGGGCCUUUCAAAUACUUCUCUGGGGUAUUUGAAUUAUCCUACUCAGGUUAUUUUCAAAUGUUGCAAACUGAUCCCUGUCAUGAUUGGAGGAAUAUUUAUUCAAGGAAAGCGGUAUAAUGCUGCAGAUGUGACAGCAGCUGUAUGCAUGAGCAUGGGCCUCAUAUGGUUUACACUGGCUGAUAGCACAAUUGCACCGAAAUUCAAUGUAACAGGUGUGAUGCUCAUCUCCAUGGCACUUUGUGCAGAUGCUGUUAUAGGAAAUGUGCAAGAAAAGGCCAUGAAACUACACAAUGGAUCAAAUUCAGAAAUGGUUCUCUAUUCAUAUUCCAUAGGAUUUGUUUACAUUUUACUGGGUUUGGGCAUUACAAGUGGAUUAACUCCUGCUGUAGCCUUCUGUUCCAAGUAUCCAUUUCAGACAUACGGAUAUGCAUUCCUCUUUUCACUAACUGGAUAUUUUGGAAUAUCGUUUGUACUUGCAUUGAUUAAAAUCUUUGGAGCUCUGAUUGCUGUAACAGUAACAACUGGGAGAAAGGCUAUGACAAUAGUGCUGUCGUUUUUAUUCUUUGCAAAACCCUUUACCUUACAGUAUGUAUGGUCUGGACUGUUAGUUGUACUUGGAAUUUUCUUAAAUGUCUACAGUAAGAAUAUGGACAUAAUUACGCUGCCCCAUCUUUACAGUUUUCUGAAGAUAAAGGGUUCAGAAGGAAAAUCACGGACGUUUUCACAGACUGUAUAACUUGGUUAACUUUAGAAUUUUUAUUUUAACUUCAGUAAUCAUUAAAUGAUUAUGUAUUUCCAAAGGGAAUUGGAUACACUAAGCAGAAGGUGAUGGCAUAUUGCCCGCUGCGUUACUGCAGAAGUGUAAGUCAAGGGUGAACUGUAUUUUGUUUUAUCACUCCACUUGCCAAAAGGCAUUUUCCAGGGGGCCAGGCGCCUUGGACUAUUCAGAUGAAGUAGGGUGCUGGAAAACCUUUGUUAGAAGUAUGUGGACUAUGACAUUUUACGGGACCAGCAUUGGAACUGUUUUUUUUCACCUUAUUGUUACAACAAACAGAUUCAGUGUUUUAUGUUUAAGAAUUGUCAGUAUCAUUCAAAUGCAACCAGUGCUCAUCAGAUCACUGAGGUAAAUCCUAGCUAUGUAGGACCAUUUUUCAUUUUUAUG